AUGACCAACAUGCAGGACGGAAUCAAAGACCCGCCUGCCCAUUGGUUGGAAAAGGGCGAUGGUACUAUGGUGACUAUGGUUCUCGAGAAGGCCUGGUUCCGGAACGGACGACCGUCUGCAAGACGAACCUGCCUGUCUUGGGUCGUAAGCGUGUCGAGACCAAGCCAGAUCUUCCCUUUCACGCAGAACGGUGGUGGACAUUGGUCCUGGAGCAAGCUGAAGCUUCUGGAGUGUCACAUUUUGGCGUCAUGCAGCGCUUGUCCGCCGGUACCUGAUCAUGAAGUACCAGACACGGCCCCUUGGACUCCAGUUCCGGUGAAGACCGAGCCCGGCGUCUUUUCCUCUUUCGCGCGUGGGAUACAGGGCAAGCGGUCUGCAGACGAAGAUGGCGAUGACUUCCCUGCGGUGGGCCAGGCGGACGAUGAGGACUGA